AUUGUAACUGUAAUCAAUUUCAAAUCUACAACGACAACAACAUAGUUCAACAGCCAUAAAAACGCACUUCAAUUCAACGAAAGCCAUAUUUGCUGUCUUCAAUUCUAUUCAGCUAGCCGACAGCUAAAUGCCAAUGUUUCAGUAAUUUUGAAUCGAGUUUUGAGGUGAAAUAUAUACCGACAACAGUGACUGCCAGUGGAGACUUAAGGAAUCAACAGGUUAUUACUGCGAGUGAACGUGAAGCUUUGAUAAGAUUUGUGGAAGAAUUUGAAGCUCUACAAAUCUAUGACAGGAGUAAUAAAUCAACGCCGAAAAAGUCAACACAUUUUCCAGAAUAUAACAACAUAAGUUUUGUGACAGACGACCUCAUCAUUUCCGGUAAUAUUUCGGGUUCAAAAAGCCAAAUAGGCUCACCGCCGACACCCAUUUUAAGAAAUCACAUUAAAAAUCUAUGGCCCUCAGAGGAGGAGUGUGAUUUCCCGUAUUUUCCACACAAUUGCAGUGAAAAUUCCAGUCGCCCAAAUUCUCCAUUAUUUACAAAUAUGGGUUGUAAAUCGUUAACCUCUUGUGAAUGCCCUCACGAAGAACCCAGCGAAGAGGGUAUUGAGCUGAUGACGGCACACCUUAACACUUCAUGUGAUUCCACCACAUCAUCCAUGGAGUUACAACCGCCUUUGGUGCCUAGCUUUAAAAUAACUCCAACAAAAUCAGACAACAACAAUGCAGGCAAUGAUUUGGCCAGAUUUUUGCGGUGUUCAUUUCGUGUGAAACGUGCCAAAAUCACACCAUUGCAGCGUUCCAUAAGUGUCAGUGCCGAUUCCUGUUUGGCUGAUCCGCGUACAAAUGUCAAGGCGAAAAAGAAGAUCCUGGAGGAUACAACAAAUAAAAAUGAAAGGAGCUCACUGUCGAGUCGUCUUUUCCCCAGCAGCGGUAGUAUAUCACCCUUUCGCCGUGUAUGGGAACAUUCAUCGCUGCGUUCACCACGCUCGGAUCGAUAUACGCUAAGUCCAAGCAAAAGUUGUAAUCCAGAGCUUCGUUCCUCCACCUCCAUGAUUACGGCCGACGAUGAUGUCUUUCUGGCCGGUACUGUUCCUGUCAAAGAUGUCAAACGCCACCAAUUACAGACAAUGGCUCGAACAUUUUCCGAAAAGAUGACCCCCACCACCAAUAACUCACAGCCGACAAAAACAACUCGUGUUGGAUUAUGGGCCAAUUCAUUUGAGCAAUUGCUAGAAGAUCCCGCCGGACUGGCCACCUUUGCUGAAUUCCUUAAGCUCGAAUUCUCUGCAGAGAAUAUUUACUUUUGGACAGCCUGUGAACGUUACCGCAACAAUGAGAACCUGGCGGAGCGACAAACCCAGGCCAAACAAAUCUUCAACAAACAUUUGGCCAGCACUUGCGGCGAACCGGUAAAUCUGGAUUCUCAAACCCGCAAUAUAAGUCCCGAAGCUUUGGAGUUAGCGGACCGGGAACUCUUCUCAAAGGCCCAAAAACAAAUUUUCCAUCUGAUGAAAUUCGAUAGCUACCAAAGAUUCAUACGUUCCGAUCUAUACAAGAACUGUCAAAAUGCCGAGGACAAAAAUCAACCCCUGCCCUAUGGUGUGGAGAACCUAGAUGUCCUGCUGAAGAUAAAUUUUUCACAAAAUGCCUCGCCAAAAUUAAAAAAAUCGGACAGCAACGCGGAAGAUCGUCGUCGUAAAAUACUGCUACCAUGGCAUCGGAAGACUCGCAGUAAAUCACGUGAUCGCAUGGAUGCCGACACGGAAUCGCAUGCCACAGACAACAACUCGCAGGUAGCUGGAUCAGAUAACAAAGCUUUAAAUACUCUCACCAUGCCAUCGGGCGCCAAAAUGACCCAAUCGAAAUCGGCUGAAACCUUGCGUUCCUCUUUGCCCACCUCACUGAAAUCCCUUAAUACAGCCACGUGUUUGCUGUGCCGCGUCAAAUUCUCCGACGAGGCCACCACAAUUGUGCAAAUAAAACCCCACGAGACAGUGGGCCAGCUGAUCGAACGUUUGCUGGAAAAACGUGGUCUACACUAUCGCCUCUACGAGGUCCAACUCAAAUCCCAAAACACCGCCAUUGAUCUGCAGGCCAGCUCACAAGUAAUGGCCGGCGAAGAUGUGGAAGUCGAACAAACGAUAACCUUCAAGCUCUAUCUGCCCGAUCCCAAAGUCAUAUCGGUCAAGAGUAAACCAAAGAAACAACUGCACGAAAUAAUCUCGUCAAUUUUACAAAAAUACCACUACGACAUGGCAGCAGUGGAUAUUUUACUGCGUGACACAAUGGAGAGUCUGGAUCUUAUGCAAUCGGUAACGAAAGUUGAUGGUCAACGUCUGCAUGUCGUCCUAAAGGAGACGAAUUCCAUCAGCUCGCCGUCUCCCAAAAACGGUGCUGAUUAUCAAAAUGAUAAUAUAUCCUUAAACUAUUUGAAAUCAAAAGAACUGGCUAACGAAUUUAUAGCACGCAGUGCUAAAAGCAACUGUAUUAGUAGUUCCGAGAAUAAUCUGAAUGUUUUAAGUUCCAAGGAGAAGAUGUCAUCGAAUCAUCCGAGAGAGUUGGGCGAAUUGAAGUCCAACGAAAGCGGUUCCGAAACAUCUCUAUUUUUUGACACUUUGAAUGGCAAAAAGGCUGGAUCGUUCAAUUUCAGAUCUAGAGGAAAAAUUCCCAUACUCAUGCGGCAACAUUCCAGUGAAGUACAAAGUACUGCAAGUGAAUUGAAUAAACCAAUUAUAGCCAAACUAAAAGCGGGUGCAAAACUGCAAGUGACUGAAAGAGUGGCCGAGAAGCAAGAUGAAUUACUGAUAAGCCUUAAAUCCCGUUUUGAUAGUCAACCCAUGAUGAGCACUGCUCAGAUCACUAAUCUGUUGCCUUUGGAUCAUACGCGCAACAAUAAGGAGAAUCAAAACGAAACAGCUUUAACAUUACGCCAAAUACGUUCCAAUUUAAGUCCUGUGAAUAAGACCAUCAAUCCAAUUAUAUCUCAAACAAUCGAACUACCCACUUCCCCUCCCCCACUGCCGGUGGAAAAACCAUCCCAUUUGACAGCAAAAAAGAGUAUGCCGUUAAAACGUAACUCCCUGCUGAGCAAUGCCGCCGACGAUGGGGAGGGAUCUUCAAAUCAUUCCGAUGCUAAUGAAACUAGUAGUGCAGCUUGUAAAGGACCCCCACCUUUACCACCAAAACCAAAGGUUUUACCAACAAAACCCUCAAAUUGGGGUGCUAAUAACUCAGAUUAAUCCUAAGACACACAUGCAUAGAUACACAUAUACUGAUCGUAUGCAUCCAUAUUAUGUUUGUUUAUUAUUAUUUCUUUUUUUAAGUUUAUGUUUGUAUUUUAUUAAAAAACAACAUUAUACGAUUUUAUAUAUAUUUCUGUAUAUAUUUAUUUAGUCAAGUUUUGUUACUAAUUUUAAAAUGCAUCAUCAAUUCAAUGAUAUAAAAAAUUUCCUAAAACUUUAGAGAGUUAUACAUUUUUUAACAAAUAAAAUCUACAAAUACAAAAC